AUGUCCCAGACAGCCAUCCGCAUCAAUGGCCCCCGGAGCUCAGUCCGCAAUUUGAAAGCCUUCCAAGAAGAAAUCCCCGUCCCCACCAAACACGAAGUCUUGAUCAAAGUCCACUCGGUCUCUUUGAACUACCGUGACAUCGGCGUCGCCACUUCGGGCUACCCCUUCCCGGUCAAGGACAACGUUGUUCCUUGCUCCGAUGCUGCCGGGGUCGUCGUCGGUGUUGGCGAGGGCGUCAAGAAUCUCGCCAAGGGUGACCGUGUGAUCGGUACCUUCGACCCGACCAACAUCUUCGGCCAGCAGAUGGACUGGCUGAAUGGCCAAGGCGGUCCUGUUGAUGGGGUCCUCUGUGAAUAUAUCACUCUCCCCGCUAUUGCGGCUGUCAAACUGCCAGAGAAUUCACCUCAGAGCUUCUCGGAGUGGUCCACCUUGGUUUGCACCGGCGUGACGGCAUGGAACGCCCUCUACGCCUUGACUCCCUUGAAGCCUGGUCAAAUCGUUCUGUUACAAGGAACCGGGGGUGUGUCGAUCACAGGAUUGAUCCUAGCCAAAGCCGCCGGAGCCACCACCAUCAUCACCUCCUCAAGUGACAAGAAACUCGAGUUUGUCAAGGCCAAGUUCGGCGCCAACUACUGCGUCAACUACAAGACGCACCCAGAAUGGUCCAAGGAGGUUCUGCGCCUAACCAACGGCGAGGGUGUGGACUACGUGUUCGAGAACGGUGGCUCCGGUACCAUCGCCGAGAGUAUCAACUCUGUCAAAAUGGGAGGCAACGUUUCCGUGAUUGGCUUCCUCUCUCAGGCCAAGGAAAUGCCCGAUGUUGCUACCCUUGCGCUGUCCAAGGGUGCAGUGGUCCGUGGCAUCACCGUGGGGUCUACCCAGCUGCUGCAGGAGGUUGUGCGGUUCGUUGGGCGCAAGGGACUUCGUCUGCCUGUUGAGAAGGAGUUCGGCUUCUCUGCUGAAGAAGCUGUCAAAGCCUUUGAGUACCUCCAGUCUGGGACUCAUGUUGGAAAGGUCUGCAUCAAGGUUGCUGAGUAG